UGUAUAAAAGUGAAGGAGGCUGGAGCUCAGACAGCAGAGUGCACAGGCUGAUAACAGUUCACAGACUUCAUCACACUGCUACACUGCAAGGGAAACCUACUCACUCACACACAUCAGGAUGGCUGCUCCUCGUCUCGCUCUGUCUGUGGUCGUGCUGCUGCUGGCUGUCAUCACUCUGAGUGAAGGUAUGCGUGGUGUUGGACCAAGUAAGUGCUGCUUCCUCUUUAAGGAGACCCCUAUGGCUAAAGACAAAGUGGUGGACUAUGUGAAGACCAGCCAGCGCUGCUCCAACCCUGCCAUCCUCCUGAAGACAAUCCGAGGCCAUCGGGUGUGUGUCAGACCUUCAGCCCCCUGGGUGAAGGAGCUCAUCACCUACCUGGAUGCCAAAGCAGUCCCAGGAGCUUCAUCCCACCUGUAACUCUACAGCACCUUGUCCAAAACCUGAGCGUUCAGAGAACAAAAGCUGGCCAGUCAUUCGUCAUUUUGCUGCAACACUUUAACCUUUAACUUCUGAAAGUAGGCGAUGCUUUCACCACAAAUAUGUUACAUUCUUUUCUGCAGGGGGGGACCUUCAGCUGAAAGGCAGCUCUCUUUCUAGCAUUGUCCAAAAAAGAUUCAAUAUAUAGAAAGAAUGUAAUGUUAUGAAUGUUUAUGUGAAUGUAACUUACAGAAAGGUUCAACAGUAUAGUUCUGAGCUGACAUUUGAUACAUAUUUAACAUUUUCUUUAAGUUUUUAAGAUUGAAAUGUUUGAUUUUAGUCCAUGUAACAGCAUGGUAUAUAUUUCUUUGUUUUGUCUGAUCGGCAUCACUGUGAACUAUUGUUGCACUGUAAUCAGCUGAUUCAGAGAAACUACAUUUAAAGAGCUAUGUCUCCCAACUCCACUUGUUGUCAUGAGUACAGUAUAAGCUAAAGAUGACCAGACUGUUUCUACACUGUCAGCUCUUUGUCUUAUUUAAAUAUUAAUUGACUUUUUUUUAAUUCAAAAGUUAUUUUUCAACCUGGUUACUAUAGGGUUAAUGAUGUAAUUUGAUACAAAUGUUUCUGUAUGCUUCUAUGACUAAUCUGAUUCUCCUGAAUAAAAGCGAGACUACAUAACAA